AUGGAGUCACUGCUUCCAGUCCUGUGGGCUUUGCUGGUGUGUGCGGGGCUUGCUGGCGGCAAGAAAGAGCCAGGCCUGAACCUGAGCUGCUACCAGUGCUUCAAAGUCGCCAGGCUGGAGCUGUGCCCGCCCGCCCAGUGCAACCCCACCGACCGGGUGUGCGUGUCCAACACAGUGGUCCUGGCGGGGAGAUCAAAGGUGGUGGUCACACUCAGCAAGCGCUGUGCCCCCAGAUGUCCCAACACCAACACGAGGUAUGAGUGGACAUCGUGGCCCGUGGCCUCUGGCAGGAUCGUCAGGCAGUGCUGCUCGGGCUCUCUCUGCAACGGGGGGGCCGCCCCCCGCUCGGCCCUGCUGGGGGCGCUCCUGCUCCUCCGCCUCCUCUGGGCCCUGCUCUGA